AUGAGCGAAUUGGCAUCGUCGUUUACGAUCCUUUGGGCGUCCCAGACAGGAAAUGCAGAGUGGAUUGCCAAGAACAUUUUCUCAGAAGCCAAGCAACGAGGCUACAGUGGCGAAUGCUUUGCCAUGGAGGAAUGGGAAAAGGCACAACUAGACAAGGUCCGUGUUCUCAUAUCAGUGGUAUCCAACACUGGCGACGGUGAUCCACCAGACCAUUCUCUCAAGUUUUGGCGGUACCUGCGUCGACUCAAGCAGCCCGACUACUUUAAGGAUUGCAAGAUUGCCAUUCUCGGUUUGGGUGAUACCAACUAUACCAACUUUAAUAAUACGGCAAGAAAGCUCGAGAAGCGACUCAAGGAUAUGGGAGCAACCGUAUUUCAUGAAAAGGGGCUUGCCGAUGAUGCUGAAGGACUUGAGAGUGUGGUGGAUCCAUGGAUUGAGAAGCUUUGGGAAGUUUUACCCACUGUAUUGGAAAAGAAGGGGGAUGUCAAGGAGGAGACCAAGGACAAUGUGGAAACGGUGACAGAAAAGAUGAGCAAAGUGGACAUCAAUCCUUAUUCAGGCGACGCACGUUCUUCAGAGAUUGCUCCAUCUGUUGACAAGUAUCUUGAUCUUCCCAAUUCCUUGGUGAAGAAGCCAACUUUGCAUUUGGGUCAUGUUCUUCAGCUUGAUUGGUCCGGCUUGCAACCUGGUGUUCAAUUAUCAGGCUUCCCUCGUCUUCCAGCCUCAGGUGCAAAGCUCACUCGUUUGGAAGGAAAGCAAAGAUCAAAGGACACCUUGCCAUCCAUCGAUUGUGUCGUGACGCCAACUCCUGUUACCCAUGCCUCAGUCACUCGCGUUCGUUGCUUGACGACACAUGAUGCACUCAAGCGUACAUUGCACCUUGUUCUUGACGUGGGUGAUCAACUUGAAUUUGAACCUGGUGAUGCUUUUGGUGUGAUUGCUCCCAAUGAUGAAUCCCUUGUUGAAGAAUUGCUCAAUGUCCUUGCACCAUCUACGGCUGAAGCUUAUGAAGCACUUUACUCUGUGGAGGGUGAUAGUCUUCCCACACAUUUAUCCAAGGCAACAUCGGUCACAUUAUCCGAUCUCUUCCGUUACGCUGUUGAUAUCACCACACCUCCUCGUAAAGCAUUGUUGCGUCUCCUCGCUGAUUACACAUCCGACCCACAAGAAAAGAGCAAAUUGAUGUACCUUUGCAGUAAACAAGGUGCUUCCCAAUUCAGCUCCCUUAGAGAACAAGUGCCCACCUUGUUGGACAUCUUAAAGACAUUCCCAAGCUGCAAGCCUUCCAUAGAACGACUCUUGGAUGCUCUUCCUGCCCACAUGCCACGUUAUUAUUCAGUUGCCAAUUCGCCUCUCAAGUACCCUGGUCAAGUUCAUUUUGCAUUCAAUGUCAUCGACUAUACCACGACCUACAAUGUACCACGCAAAGGUGUCGCCACACCAUGGCUCGAUCGUUUGACGGGCUAUGUUGCAGCACGUACGCAUGACAAGCCUGAUCCUGUAUCCAUUGAUAUCCCACCUGGUACGCUUACGGUGCCGAUCUUUAAAAAGCACAACUCGAAUGGAUUCGUGUUGCCAGUGGAUACCAAACGACCCCUUGUGCUGAUUGGACCUGGUACCGGCAUUGCACCCUUUGUUGGUUUCCUUGAACAUCGACAAAAGCAACGUGACAUUCGCAAAUCCAUGGGUGGUGUGGGUGUACAUCCAUCACGUGAUAUCCAAAAUGAAUUUGGUGCCAUUUGGGUUUAUUACGGCUUCCGAGAACAAGCCAAGGAUUAUCUUUUCGAGCAAGAAUUGAAGACUUUGCAAAAGGAUGGUACCGUUACUGAAUUACGCUUGGCAGCUAGUCGUGAGCAAUCAUCAGGCAAGGUGUAUGUUCAAGAUUUGUUACGCCAAGAUGCCGCUCGUCUUUAUGAUCUGAUCGUCAACCAAGAUGCUGCCAUUUAUGUGUGUGGUGAUGCCAAGGGUAUGGCCAAGGGUGUCAAUGAUGCAUUGGCAGAGAUGCUUGUUCAACAUCAUCAAUUGGAUAUCGUUGAAGCCAACAAGUUGCUCGUUGAAUGGAUGCAAAGUCGCAAAUACCUUCGUGAUUUGUGGGCAUAG